AUGCUUCCUCUCCUGGACGUAGUUGCAGAAGUCGUGAACCACAUGUUGGUGAACGAAGGGAAGCUUGAAUUCCGUGAUGUCAGUGUGGAUGGAUUCGAGCUUGAGUAUGAGAUGCUCGAGAUCGAGGAUGUCGUGGUCAUCAAGCUGACGAUGGUAUCGUUUGGACACAUCUCCGGUGACGUGUAUCCUCUUCGUUGGAUUCUUCCGGAGUUCGACCGUUGCUUCUAG